AGAAGCUUGGUACAGUUGGAAUGUCUAGGGCGACUAAACGUAAACAUGUGCAGAAAGAAAUGCUUACUGCUGAUUGGAAUGGUCCAGUAGAUGAUCAACGCAUUGUUCGCAUAAUUGCUGGUCGCGGCAACAAUCUUCAUGAAGUAUUCUCAGUUGAAGACAAUGAAACAUUUCUUGUUUCAAUGCCAGCUAAAUUCAGACGAAAUGUAUGGGUAAAGCGUAAUGAUUAUGUUGUUAUUGAACCAAUAGCUGAAGGAGACAAGGUACGUGGUGAAAUCGUACGUGUGUUGACCAAGGAAGACAUGAAACUAAUGAAACAGAAAGGAUGGAGGAAGGAAGACAUUAAUUAUGAUAUUGAACCAAAUACAAAUCGACCUAUUGUUACUACGAUCAGCGACUUAAGUUGUACUGAUACAGAUACUGAUCAUGAUGACCCGUCAGAAGAUACAGAUUAUUCUUCAUGAUCACUAGAAUAAGAGUAUGUUUAUAUUUGUAAUUUCUGUACAUGUAUUGUGCCAAACUAAGACUAUUCUGUUACUAAACAUUAUGUGAUUUAUAUAUUAAGCUUCGAUUUGGAAAAUAAAUACAUUUAAGUAAUUGUAA